CACACACACACAAACACACACACACAGGCUGGGAGGGCGAGGCAGAUUCCACAGUGUUUUUUACAGAAAAGUUAGUUAGUUCGACUGAAGAAUCAUGGUGACAACUGAGACACACCAGAGCCAGGACCUACUGGUCCCCCCCCAGGUCCAGAACCAGGACCAGAACCAGGACCAGGACCAGGACCUGGAACAGGACCGGGACCAGGACUCGCUCUCCUCCCUCCUGGCAGGGUUUGAGCCUGAGAAAAUGAGUCAGGGUCCUGUCAACGCCAUCACCGUCCUCACUCUGCUCGACAAACUGGUCAACAUGUUGGAUGCUGUUCAGGAAAACCAGCACAAGAUGGAGGGGCACCAGGUAGAGAUGGAGGGCGUGGUCAGAGGGAUCCAGGCUGAUAUGACCAAACUGUCAAAGAGUCACAGUCACACAUCAAACACCGUCAGUAAACUCCUGGACAAAAGCCGCAAGCUAUCCGUCACCAUGAAGGAGGUGCGUGACAGGAUGGAGCGUCAGGGUGUCCAAGUGAAGAAACUGGAGGCAAACCAUGCCCACCUGAUCAGCAGGAACAACUUCAAGGUUCUCAUCUUCCAGGAGGAGACAGAGAUCCCCUCCAGUGUUUUUGUGAAGGAUCCUCCACCGUUCCCUCGGGAUGAGAUCCUGGAGGAAGGUGAGGAAUCAGCACCUUGCGUCCACGAUGGCAACCAGCCUCAUGAGGGCGGGCUCCACACCAUUGACCUAUCAUCUGAUGAGGACGUCGGUCUGGAGGCAGAGCUGGAGGAUGAAGAGGCGUGGCCUCAUGACUUAGAGAACAUGGAGAAGUCCAGAGCUGAGAAACUGAAACGAUCCAGUCUUAAGAAGGUGGACAGUCUGAAGAAGGCGUUCUCCAGACAUAACAUUGAGAAGAAGAUGAACAAGAUUGGCACAAAGAUCGUUUCUGUGGAGCAACGAGAGAAAAUCAAACUGAAAACCUCCAACCUGAAAGUUUCACCUUUGACCUUCAGCAUCCGGAAGCCUCGCAGCAGCUCGGACUCUCAGCCUCCUGAUGCCUCCGCUCAGACCGGGGAGCCUGUUACUACCGAGGCCGACGUCCAGCUCUCCCCACUGGGCAGCAGCGACCUCGAGGUCCCCUUCACUGAGGUCCAUGCCCAGUUGGCCCCAGGCGAGCCGGAGCAGGAGAAAGAGGAAGUGAUAGAUGAGGUUAAGGAAGGUGAGGAGGUGGCAGAUGAGUCGGUGGUUUCAGAGGGAGUCAGUCAGGAGUACGCUCUGUCCUCCACACUCCCUCAGGAGGAAAAAAGAGAGGACGAAGAGGUGAAGAAAGAGGAAGAGGAGAAGAAGGAGGAAGAGUGCUGAACACUCGUUAAUAUUUCGUUUUGGACAAAUCCUCUUCCUGUUUUGCUGAGACACAAGUUUAAAUUGAUAGUUACAGUCCAGAAGCUGGUUAGCUUAGCAUAUUGCAAAGAGACUGCCAUGGAAAAGUAGCAUUUCAGCAAAUGACUACAUUUAUUUAAAUAUUGAUUAAUACACAUGACAUAAAGACAAAGACUGUUAACAAAAGGAAACCACAUUAUUAAGGCUCUAAACUGGUGACAAUAGCUGCUUAGCUUAGCAUUAAGAUCGUUAACAGGAGGACUCACUCAGAGGGAAAAACAAGAAGAGGAUUUAUCCAAACCUGAAACAGUUUCUUUAUAUUUUAGAGCACACAUUUGUUUUGUUAUCAAUAUUUUCUUUAUUGAUGGACGUCCAAACACACGUGAUCUGAUCAUGUGACAAUGCCAUCAAUAUUUAAGAGCGUUUUGUUUCUUGGUCAGGUCCUUAAUGAAGUCUGUUCUGACUGAAAACCUGAGAAUGAAACAGUUAUUCUUAUUUUCUGAAACUACAUCUGACUGAUGUAAACACAAUUACUAAUAAUCAGCUGAUCAAUAACAAUAAUAUAACUAAAUUGAGACAGCUGUUUUAAUUUGAGGAUCUGCCAAAGCUCCUCUCACAUUCCUCUCUAGUACCAUUCCCCACAAAACCCAUUCAAGAGUAAGUAGAGUUCCAAGAGUUUCCUCAUGGGUUCUCAAUAUUCGGGAAAAAUACAUAAGUUAAACUUUAGGUUCCUCUGAGGUUCCAUUUAGAACCUUCCACCAUGUUCCCUAAACAGAUUCACUCUGAGGUUCUCAGGUUUUUAGAGGAACGAUUCCUUACAGGGAUAGUUCACAGAAAAAUGUUACUUCCAUCAGUACCUCAUCAUCUGUCAGCCAAGUGUCCAAAAGGCGUGACAUUCAACUCAAAACAGAAUAACUUACACCAGGUGUUCAGUCUAAAUAUCCACUACCAGAAGUAACGACUUCAAUAUGAUCGUCGGGGUUUGUAGACACUUGAUGUCACCACAGGAGCAGCGUGGAGGCAUGUUACGUUUGUUUGGUUGUUUUAGUAAGUCUGAAGAAUCACUCAUCGGUUACUUUAGUUAUAUUGGAUUCUGCUGAAACAAAUUUCAGUUUUGUGGACUCAAACACUUCACCAACCCCCUCCAUCACAGUGCUUAGUAGAUAAUGAGGAACGUAACAUUUUUCACUGAACUCUCACUUUAACAUUCCACUGAUGGAUGGGACAAUGUUCCCCUAAUGUUCCCAUGGAGGGAUCCUAAUGUUUUCCUAACAUUCUCCAAGUGUGCUCCUGAUGUUCUACUAGUGUUCUCUUGAUGUACUCCUGAUGCUCCUUGUUGUUACUUUGAUCUUUCAUAAUAUGUUCUCAUGAUGUUCUGUCUGAAUCAAUUGAUUCUGCUGAUUUCUAUCUGAUUCCGUUGUUGCUCGGUUACCCCUUACUGACAGUAUUCAUAAAAGCGAUGAUUAAAAAAAACGAACAAAAUAAAACUUUUUUCAACUUUAAUAAUCCCUAAACCCUAACCCUAACCCAAAUCGAUCAGUUCGAUCAGUUUUGUUGUUUUCAGGUUAAACGUUAUUUCUUUAACACAAAAAACUGCAGCCAAAGAACAUUUCCUGUUUGUGUAGUUGUACUUGCUGUUCUUGUGUUUCCUGCUCACAAGCUUUACCUGUGGGACUGUUACAGGUGUGAACCUUAGCUGAACUCUGAAUAAAAACAAUAAAAAACAUGAAACCAU